GGCAGGGUCCAGGCGACCUUUAGCGGGUGGCAGGGCAGUGCGCCUCUUCUCCACAAGUGUGCACGCCCCACACCCAGCAGCAGGUUCCUGGGCAGCAGGCCCUGGCCCUGUGCCUAGAGCACGCACAAAUACCCCUAGCGAUGGCAGGAUCGCAGCUGGACGUCACAGACGCAGCAACCUCACAAACACCAGGGCCUCCAGCUUCACCAGCACCCCUCUCCGCAAGCCAAAGAGCACACUGGAGGCUAAGGGGCAGCAGCCACCAACCCGUGCCCUGACGACGCAGCUCGGCCCUCAUGGGGCGCACAGGUGGAGGUGGCGGCGUGUUCCCCUGCUGUGGCAAGGAAGCAGUGGAGAUCCUGGAGCCCCACCCUGCAUGGGACCCCCUGCUCUGAAGCUACUGCCCCAUGGAGCCCCACAUCCACCCUGAAUCUUCUGCCUCAUGAUCGACUUUGCCCACAGUGACUUCCACCCCCAGGGGGCACAAGAGGAAAGCAAGACGAAGCAGGAGACAGAAUUGCUAGCUGAGGAACCAGAUCUAGACUCAGUGCCUGAGCUGGAGAGCCUGGAGAGGGAGCCAUCGCCACAUUCAGGUCCCGUCCCAGCACCUGAGUCUGAGCUGGAGAGCCUGGAGAGGCAGUCAUUGCCACAUCCAGCUCCUAUCCCAGCACCUGAGCCCAAGCUCAUCGAGGAUCAAGGCUGGAAGGUGACCACCGUGGUGCUGUGCCAUGAAAGUUCCAGACAGCCGGUGGCCCCCAGGCACCAGCAUGUCAGGGAGGAGGCCCCAGUGACCCCCAGGAGCUGUUACACCCAGACCCCCAAGCACCUAUUCUGGGCUGACAAGCUUGUCCAGACGUCAGAGCACAGUCUGCCGACAGCAGCAAACAAGCAGAACAACCAAGACAGCACCAAGAGCACCAGACACCUCAGGCCGGUGUCAGAGAAGCAGCCCAAGGCCCCCAGCACCUGCCCAACCCUCACAGCCACAAACCCCUCGACACCGCCUGGCCCCCCACCGCCACCAGGUCCCCCCACACUGCCAGGACCCUUGCUGCAAGCCAUUGAGCUCAUAGAAGUGGUUCACUUUGGGACGGCCCUGGCCGUGGCCUCCUCCAGUACCAUGGACCUUCCCAGCCUGGGACACAAGAUCAGUGCUGCAUCCCAGGAGGCUGUGGAACCUUCACCCAUGCCCGUCCAGCCUACCUUUGACAAGGAAGAGCUGCUGGAGAAGCUGCCAAAAGCAAGGGGUCAGGAAGACAAGAAUCAGCCCUGCUCUUACCAGGACUUCAGCAACCAAGAGCUCAGUUGUGCCACCAUCAAAGGAGAAGUGACAUUGCUCCAGACAGGGGCCAUGUCACCCCAGCUGCAGAGAGCCAACCAAGACUCGGUGCCAGGAACCAAGAAAGAGAAUCCACUAUUGCUGAAAAUCCAUUUUAAGAUGUCAUCCUCCCCCACCCCAGGGAAAUGACUACAGGAAACAGUAAAGCCUCAAGUGCUGGCCCGGCUCUGGCCCUCUGUGCAGAUGCUCCUGGGCGGUGAGCUAGGCUGGCUGCCAUGACAGCCUGUUCCUAGGACAACGCCCCGUUCUCAGCUGCCCAGCCCACCCUUUCCUGGCCAUGUGUCUCACCCUGUUCAUUUCCCUGUGCAGUCACUUCACUGCCAUCUAGCCAGAUCUCUGGACACCUGCAGAGACACAGGGCGCACCUGGGGAGGCCACAGAGCCUCUCUGAGCCUUUGUUUCUUAGGCCCAAAGCCAGGGACACACUAGGAUCACAUGCAUCUGAAGGGAGUCCUUCCUGUUCCUCUGUGGAAAAGACCCAACCGGGGAGGGCGUGAAGGAGGGAAAGCAGAGGUCUAGUGACAGGUCUUCUAAGGGGGCACAGCCUUGAACAGAGAGAUACCCAAAAUGCAGGGGAAAAGCCCAGGUGUGGUGGCUCACACCUGUCAUUCCAGCUAUCUGGGAGGCUGAGGCAGAAAGACUGCACGUUCAAAGUCAGCCUGGGCAACUUAGUGAGACCUUGUCUCAAAAUGAAUAAAAAGGGCUGGGGCUCUCACUCAGUGCAAGGUCCUGGGUUCAGUCUCUGCAACCAGAAAGAGCCCGUGUAUAACGGUGCAUGCCCUCCUGGAACCACACACAUGCACACCAUCAGCCUUUGUACAGACGGUCUAUACACACACACAGGAAGCACACUACUCAUACACCAGGGCACUUGCAUGCCCACCAGAGUCUCACACACAAACACACAAAUGCACAGGUCACCCAUAGCACCCAGAGGAAAGGCCACGUGAGGUAUCCAGCUCCAGAGGGCCUGGGGUGUAGAGGGUGCAGAGCAACAGGGAGAAGAGUGGGCCGCAAGGCCCUGGUGGGCUUUUGACCGACACCCAGCUUCAUGCAUUUCAGGAGCCUGGGAAGGGCACAAGCGGUGCCAGGGCCAGGAAGUGGGGCUUAGAAGAAGCUUCAGGUAGAGGGCAGAGAGCAGGAGGCUGGAGGGGCACCAGAAGGAGAGACAUAGUGUCCUGGGACGGCUGGCCCAAGAGGUAGUGAGCCCUCUGGACUGUCUGGAUUCAAUGAUGUUGUUUUAAUAAAUUUUAUGUUUUAGGGCAGUGUUAGGUACGAAGCAAAACAGAACUGAAAGUGUGGAGUUCCCCAAAACUCCCAGUCCUGCCUAUACGCCAUCCUGCUCGGCUCCUGCCCUAGAGGCACAGUGUCCACGGGCUCUGAAAAGUGAUACUGGGACAGGGAUCUGUCACUACAGUGUCACACAGGAUGCCUCUGCCACCCUAGCAAUCCUGCCUUCCCCCAACCCCUCUGCGCUGGUUUUGCCUUUUCCAGUUGGCUUCUUUCACUUAAGAGCGUUCAGUUUAGUUUCCCGGCCCUGUCUUGUUGGGGCAGCUCAUUGCUUCUCAGCCACUACCCCAGAUGUACCAUGGUUCAUUUAUCUGGUCACCUACUAAAGUUAUCCAAUGUUUGGGCCUCUUACAGUUGAUACAUUGCAUCAAUCUGAGAAGUGUAGAAGUUUAAGCCACUCAGCAGAGAGGCAGGGCCCUUACUUUGUAAACAUUCUCAUUCUGUGCAAGAGGGAGUGAGAUGGUGUGAGUGCUACGCUUGCUCUGGGCCAAUAGCCUGCUUACAAUAUAAGGAAGGAAAAGAGGCUUGUUCUACCUGCCCCCGCCCUUUUGCUCUUGUUUUUGCUGACUUCUGCACCUUGAAGGGUUGCCCUUGUGCCACACCACCCUGCCUUAGAACCAGCUGAUUACAGGACUGAAACCUCCACGAACUGUGAGAUAAAUAAAUCUUUUCUUCCUUAA